AUGGUCAUUGUUGAUUUUUCAUUGAGAGGAAGAGCCAAAGGAGUAGUGAGGAAGAAGAAAGAAAAAGAAAAAGAAAUAGAAAGAAAGAGAGUGCAACAAAACAACAAAAACAAUAAUAAUAACAACAACAAUAAUAAUAACGACAAAAAUAAUAAACGAAACCUUGUUGAUGGCGAACUGGAGACAGACGACGGCCAGCUCCUCGCUGGAGUGCCUCACAAGUAUGUCCACCCCUGGUCGCCCGAAUCUAAUAGUGAGAACAAUCUUUUAUACGGCUUUGAUACGUUUGAAAUAUCAAUUGAUGGCGGUGUCAUUAAAAGAGCGGAGACAAUACAAUUUUUACGUGUGUUCAUCAAAUCUGAUCUACCAUGGAUAAACCAUAUUUUUUUAUUAUUCUUUAAAAAUCAGAAUCUGACAGACGAAUAA